CUUCUCCUCUAUAUAUACUUCAAUCUCUUUCACACACUUCCUCUGGUUCCACAUCAUCCUCUCUUUUAUAUCCUUAUUUUCUCCUUCUAUAAUCGUCUUCUACACACACGCAACCAUAUAUAUAUAUAUUUAUAUUUAUAUAUGUGUAUGUACAUGUACUGAAGCAGAUAGUGAGAUAUCAAAUAUCGUUCAAUGAAUCUACCACCGGGAUUCAGGUUUUUUCCGACGGACGAAGAGCUCGUCGUUCACUUCCUCCACCGCAAAGCUUCACUCUUGCCGUGUCACCCUGACGUCAUCCCCGACCUCGAUCUUUACCCUUACGAUCCUUGGGACCUCCCCGGGAAAGCUUUGGGAGAAGGGAGGCAAUGGUACUUCUACAGUAGAAAGACACAAGAUAGAGUGACGAGCAAUGGUUAUUGGGCAUCAAUGGGAAUGGACGAAACAAUCUUCACAAGUUCCACACACAAGAAGUUGGGUAUCAAAAAGUAUCUAACUUUCUAUCUCGGAGAUUCUCAGACUAACUGGGUCAUGCAAGAAUAUUCUCUCCCAGAUUCCUCUUCUUCAUCUAGUCGAUCUUCUAAGAGAUCAAGCCGUGGUUCUACUAGUUCUAAACCCGAUUAUAGCAAGUGGGUGAUAUGCAGAGUGUAUGAACAAAAUUGCAGUGAGGAAGAGGAUGAUGAUGGGACAGAACUCUCAUGUUUGGAUGAAGUGUUUUUGUCUUUAGAUGAUCUUGACGAAGUAAGCUUACCGUAAUAAAGACAAGCACCCAACAAAAAAAAAAGGUUUAGUGGGCAAUUAUUUCUAAAAUCUUUGUACCAAAAAGAAAGAAAGGAAAAGGAGAAUGACAUCAUUCUUACAAGUUAUAUGUUGUAAGAUUAGGAAUCCCCAAUUUGCAAGCAAGAAGCAAAAAGAGGAAGAAACUCUAGUCUUGAUGUAUUUUAUUUUUCAAAUUCAAAUAUAUAUUUUUGCUUACUGAAUUAAUAUAUUAUGUUCAUUAUAUUGUAAUGGCAGAAACUAAGAAACUAGUAUUUGUGUAAAAAAAUUAUUGCAAAUUUUAUCAUGAAUUCUUUGUAAUAUAUGAUGAAAAAUACAUUCAUCAGUCUAUAUUCAAC